AGUAAAAGAUCUCGCGCAACUGGAACGUAAUGAACUGUGUGCUUGGGAACCAGUAAUGUGCCCGAGCGAAUGCAAUUGUUACACACAAUUUGAAUUUCUGCACAUCAAUUGCAAGGGUGCGCAACAUAUCGAACAGCUCCCACGCCCCGAGCAAGUUGGGCUCAAGAGUUCGGUACUCGAUAUUAGCAAUAACAAUUUCAUUGCAUUGCCGCUAAACACCACCUUCGGCUAUGGUAACGUUUCGCAACUCAACGCGUCGUACAAUAAAAUCACGAGCAUAAAUAUCAGUCAACUUCCAACCAAUUUGACGGGUUUGGAUCUACGAAAUAAUCGCUUAAUAUCUUUAAAUGAUGAGUUUUUGCGUACAUAUCUCAAUGAGAGCACAAAACUACAAUUUCUCUAUCUAAGUGAAAAUCCUUGGAUUUGCGACUGUUCCACGCUACAACUGCUGUACACCAUACGUACACAUCGGACACGCAUACCAGAUGCCGAUCAGUUACUCUGUGUUAAUCAGCCGAACGAUACACUCCUAAUGGCAAAUGUGAGAGAAUUGUGUCCAACUCCUGUUGCUGUUGAAUAUAAUCAGUAUUUGAUUGCAACUGUGAUUAGUGUAUUGUUAACCGUUGUUAUUUUUCUUUGCAUUAUCGCACUCUUCUAUAAAUAUAAAUUAGAAGUGGAAGUCUGGUUAUAUAGCCACAACAUAUUGAGAUGUUGCAUUCGCGAAUGUGAGCUAGAUAAGCAUAAAACAUUCGAUGCGUUUAUUUCAUAUGCACACCAGGAUGCUGACUUCGUCAACCAUACAUUGCUGCCGCGACUCGAACAGUGCAAACCACCAUUUCGUGUAUGCACGCACGAACGCAAUUGGCUGGCUGGCGCUUAUAUACCUGAACAAAUCAUCGAAUCGGUGGAACAGUCGCGUCGGACGAUCAUUGUGCUCUCGCAGCACUUCAUCGAGUCGGAUUGGGCGCGCAUGGAGUUUCGCACAGCGCAUCAGUGCUCGUUGAACGAAGGUCGUGCGCGCAUAAUAAUGAUUAAAUAUGGAGAAAUAUCGAACAGUGAGUUAUUGGACAGAGAACUAAAGGCAUAUUUGGAUAUGAAUACAUAUCUGGAUUGGCAAGACGUCAGAUUUUGGGACAAAUUACGCUACGCCAUGCCACAUAAAGUGGGUGUAGAGAGGAAUUCCGAUAUGCUAAAAACUAGCGGCAGAAUGUAUGUUAUGGGACAAGUUGAGAUGAAUCGUUUGGCUGACGACAUUGUUUAAAUUUAUCACGUUUGGUUUGUGGUCAAGCAGUUGGUUGC